GAUGGCGCUGAAGGUUAACCUAAAAAUUGAUAUAACCUCAAAAACGAAGAAAUGUCAGCGAGUAAAAAAUGGAUUUUAACACGGAUAUUAGACGUGUUCAAUUAGAAAGCUUAGAACAAUUUAUAUUGUUUUCAAAAGAUAAGGUUCGAAACGUUUUGGAGGUUCUUAAUUGGGAGGAUGAGAAAGUUUUAAAGGAUAAGAAGCUUGUUACGUGCGUUUUGGAUCCAACUCAUAAAAUACCUCAAAAAUCGGCAUCUAAUCAUGUUAAAAAAUGCGCCAUACGAAAAGAAGGUUACAACUUGGUAGAAGAAUUCCUUUCUGAGCCCCAACACCAUUCUGAGACUUCCAUCAUGAUAGACAAUCAGAAAAAAAUCGAAAUUCUUUCAUUAGCGCAUAAAACGCGAGAUAAUUUCGUUACAAGGUGGAAUGGACAAGAUCCAGAUCCAAGAACAUCUGAUCGACUUCUCACCACUUACAGCUAUGAUGAAAGACUUGCUCUGUAUGAUUAUGCCAUUGCAAACACUAAAGAACCUAACAAAUUACCUGAAUACAAUGUUUCCCAACCAAAACGCGAUGAAUCAAAACCAAUGACAUACGAAGAGCAAUUGGCGUUAGAGCGUGACGCAAAACGACGAAGGAUUAAAUAUAAAUCAGUUCAUACAAGUCGAAAAACGCAUACUGAAGUGCUUAGGGAAGUUAUUGAGUCUCAAAUGGAGGUGUACCGCGAUUGGAUUGGAGCUAGAAGUUCAAAAAAAGAUGAUGGAGAGCACGAAGGGAGGUCGACAAGUAGAAAUAGCUCAAAUAGCUCAAGAAGUACUUUAAGGAAAGAUUUAAAACAAAAAGAAUCCAGCGAUACGGAAAGUGUCGAUAGGGAAAGUUGUAAAUCGCGAAGGGGAACCCCCGAAAGGAAUAAUAAAAAAAGGGAGCGAUCAAAAGAAUCAAUUCGAUCUUAUAGAGAAAAAUCAAAUCACGAAAACGUUCAAGAUGAGAUCAGAAAAAAAGACGAAAGAAACUCAAGAAAUGAGGGUUUUGGGAGAAGAUCAGAAAGCGAAAGGAGAAGAUACAAAGACGACGAAAAAGAUGUUAAAUAUUGGGAUAAAUCUAAAUACUCUCGAAGGAACGAAUCAAAAGACUAUAGAAAUAGGGAAAGAAGAAAUGGAUACAAAAAUUAUUUUUGAGUUUUGAUUUCAUUUUCUUUUUUUUUUUGUAGAACAAAAUAAAUAAUCCAAAAGGAGUUCAUUUUUUAACCUAGCUUUUUAGUUUGUCUCAAACAAAAUGCAGAAUUCAAAAGUAGAUUAAAA